AUGGCCAUUGUUGGCCCGGACUAUAAAUUUAUAUGUGUUGAUAUUGGUGGUUUCGGAAAAAAUAGUGAUGGGGGUAUUUUCGAAACCUCAAACAUGGAAAACGAUUUGAACAAAAUUUAA